ACUUCAACCGGAAGAAAACACAGCAGCAAGCAAGUCACUCGAGCACUUCGGUCUUCUAUCUCAUUAUUUUAAUCUUACUUUCUAUAUUCGAAGAAAAAUGUCUCUUAGUAGUGACGACCAGACUAAAAUGUACUUUUAUGAGAACAGACUUAAAACAUUCGUUGGUUGGCCGUUUGACGAGGGCUGCAUUUGCACUCCAGAAAACAUGGCCAAAGCUGGAUUUAUUCACACCCCGUCGGAGAAUAGUCCAGAUAUAGCACAGUGUUUCUUUUGUCUGAAAGAGCUGGAAGGAUGGGAACCAGAGGAUGAUCCUGAGAAAGAGCAUAAAACACAUUCCUCUACCUGUGAUUUUAUCUUGCUGAAGAAGACUGUGGACAGCCUGACUGUGGAGGAAUUUCUGAAACUUCAGAAAGAGAGACAGAAGUUUAUCAUUAAAAAAUCCUGUACCCAAGCUAUUGAUAAAUUUGAAGAGGUGGUGAAGAUCAAGAGAGCCCAGAUCAUCCAGACUGCAAUGGGGGAAGAGUGAAAAAUGAGUUUCAUUUUGCUGUGGUCUGAUUUCUUUUGUGGACCUAAAUUUCUUGUUUUCUUUCCUUUGUAUGUCACUGAACAUUGUAUGUUCUUUUUUUAAGUGUCACCUGUGAUGAAAUUUGUAUGUCACACCACCUGUUGAAAUGUAUACACUUCCUUCCUCCUUUUAUGGUAUUUAUUUAAAACAAGCUUAAUAAAAAGACUCUCCCAUAGCCUCUGUAAAAUGUUUUUAGGGACAUUUUUCAUUCUCAUGUCUUGUUCUGUAAAUCUUUCGUAUGUUUGUCUAUUCAGUAUGAAAGCUGAAAUAAAAAA